AUGGCGGACAGCGAAGAAUCUCCAGCGCAACGUCAGGCAAGAAUACGACGGCAGAAGCGGGAAGCAAAGAUCACAGGCUCCGCGACUGAGAGACUCGACAAAAUCACCAGGCUCAGUGGAAGGACGCCAGAGAGCAUGCGUCAUGAGUCUCCCGCUAUAACUCCUCGCUCUUCGACACCGUCGGACAUUCCAUCGCCUCCCAAUGCCAUGCAAGAUGCCUCUGUAAAUGCCACUCCAGAACAAAUUCGAGCCCAGGAAGAGUUCCUAAAGGCGAUGCUUAGGCAGCCAAUGCCACAAGACGGGCAGUCCCAACAAGCACAAGCACAAGAAGACGAUCCUAUGUUGAAGAUGUUACAAGCCAUGAUGGGAGGCACGGAUGGUGGCUUUGCUCCAAAUGCCCCGGGUGGCGGAAUGGGUGGCAUCCCCGGUAUGUCUCCCGACGACAUAUCAAAGAUGACAGGACUCCCGUCCUUCCUCACUAGCAUGUUCAUGGGAGGACAAAAAGCACCACCCACACAAGCGGAAACUCGAACGAGAAGGCUGUGGAAGGUAGUGCAUGUUAUUUUUGCCAUUUUCGCAGGGCUCUACCUAGUUUCCUGCAUCAACACGGCGACCGAGACAUUUGGCGAGAAUCCUCCGGCCCCAGCAACUUUCCAGAACCCCUUCACACUGUUUGCGACUGGCGAACUACUGGUUCAAGGGACGAGGGUACUUACGAGCGGCCACUCGGACAAAAGCGGGAUUGGUCUGUGGAUACAGAUGUUCAGGGAAUUUAUCGGGGACGGCGCAAUCGUGGUAUUCAUGUUAGGCAUAGCGUCCUGGUGGAAAGGAAGCAUAUAA